CGUCUUUCAUAAGUUUCAUUCAAGUUUCAGUUUUUCAGUAUUUUCCUUAUUUAUAGCUGCUUUCAGUUGAUUUUGUUAUGAAAUAAAUCAAUAAACAUGACUCGAUCCUAAGAAAAAGACGGUAAAAAGGUUGUUAGGCAGAAAAUAGUGUUUCUUGUUGCGAUAUUUUCUUGGUAAUGGACUCUACAUUGUGUGAUUAUGAAGAUGGUGAGAUUCCGAUAUGGCAGGAGCCGAGAUGCGAGCCUCUGGGGGCCCCGAAGGAGACCCUUUGUGACGAAGUACCUCCAGAACAAGUCUCAGGUGACAGAAUACACGCAUUGGAGGAAGAACAGGAGCUACUAUCUUCAUCUGUGUUUUCUUUGACAUCACAUUUAGCGCAAGUUGAAUUUCGUUUGCGCCAGAUUUUGAAGGCACCACCGGAGGAAAAGGAUGCUAUGUUACAGGCUUUGGAGGAGUUCACUUCUCGGGGAGUGGAAUCUAGAGGUGACCCUCAGGGCAGCGCGGGAGAAUCAUCGUGUUCCGAAUGCACAGAGUUAGAACGUAAGAUCCGCAGUCAGAGAGCUAGGCAGGCCCAUUUCAUAGAGAGAUUAAAAACCCAGUUGAAAGAGCUUGAACAUUUUGCCUCGGGGACGUCAUCUGAAGACGAUGGGAAGCAUAGAUCGCUUAUUUACCAUUUGAGAAAAGAAAUAGAUCGUAGUUUAGAGGAAGGAUGCCACCAACCAUUGACUACAGAGGAGCUGCGCCAUCAGAUAGACUGUGCUGUACGACAGUAUGCAGACAGACAGCUCUCCAAAGAGGAAAUCAUAAGUAAACUUCAAGCCCAUAUCAAUGACAUGCAGAAGUUCAUUAAACUCAUGAAAAAUGAGGAUAUUAAUAGUAAUGUAAAACCUAAACCAAAAGAGCCCAAAAAGGCAGGAAAGUCAGAGACAUUUGAGAAAAAUUUUAAUCGAAACAAAGUUAAUGACGAACUCAAAGCAGAGACUAUAAAUUUAAUGAGAAAAGCAUCAACUUUAAUUCAAAUAUUCACUGUAUCUCAAUUUGGUUGUUCUCCGAAUCAGAGUAAAAAGUUUGAGAGGCAAUCAUCCACUAUUGUUACACACUGGGGAAACUUGAGAGCUAAAUUAGAAAUGUCAGUUGAAUCUGUACUACAUUUGGUAUCCAGAGAGAGAUCCCAUGCAGCCCCAGAUAGUUACGACAGUGAAUCGGAAGAAGGUGGGAUUGUUAUAAACGAUGCUCCGCUCACAACAGCUGUGCGACGACACCUUGCAGUCAAUUUGAGGGACUUACUUCAACAUGGAUUGGUGAGCCCUGAAUCUACUUCCCUGGUACCCAUUAUUGGCUGUUUUCCUGUCAGAAAAUCUUCUAUGUCUCGUUCCUUACAUAUAUGGGAAUUGAUUUUACGUUAUUAUGAACUUAACGAUGGAGACAAGUUUAAUUCAACCCCAGCAAGGAAGUUAAGCCAAAGUUUCAACUUGGAUAUUGUUGGGGGGACAGCAAUAACAAAUAAGCAGAGUUUGCUGAGUGCUAUUGGGAGUAUUGUGGCAUCCCACACACCAUAUAAGAGGAGUUACGACGCACACUUCAAAGCCUUUGUUUGUGCAGCACUAAAUGCACAUAAGCUUGUUUUAUGGUUGAAUAUUAUGUUAAAAUGUAGGUCAUUAAUUGAUUCAUAUUAUUCAUCGACAAGUUAUGUUGUUAACACUGGUUUCCAGGAUACCCUACAGAGCUUAGAUCGCUUGACUCCAUAUGAUUUUGAUUUACCUGUUGAUCUAGCUGUGAAACAAUUUCAAAAUAUCAAAGAUGUAUUUAUGUAGUUUAAGAGUACACUUUUAUACAUAAUCAAUGAAAUGCCUUCCACUGUAGCUAUGCAUUUAUGAUAGCCUUAAGAUGUUAUGUGUAAGGUAGCUGAUCUAGUCAAAAUAUCUGAAAACACCGACUAAUUUGUCACACUUUGUAUAUUGUUGUUAGAUGUUAAUGACCCAAAUAAGUACAAUUAAAAUUAAUAAACAGGAGCCAAUCACUGAUUUACUAGGUAUUGUGAACAUUUAAAAUGUAUCUUUAAAAUAUAUCAUUACUUUUUAUAAGCAAUUGUAUAACCCUGCUUGUUUAAAUUAGAUCUUGAAAUGUAAAUUAUAGCUUUUGCCUAAAUUCUUUGAGUGCAAGAGCUCACUCACUUUUUGACACUGCUAUCACUCAUUCUCAUAUUUCAUACAGAUUAUUUAACAAAAAAAAAAAGAAAUUGCCAUAUGAGUGGGUACGACAAUAGACCAACGGGGCAGGUAUCUAACCACCACCCCUUGGUGAUGAGUCCGACCCUCCUAAGUUAGUUCACAGAGUGAAAAAAAUCAUGCUGUGGUUGACUCUCUCAUAUCUUUUAGUACUUACAUCUUGUCACCAAAGUAACUUAUUCUGCUGGAACUAAUCGUUAUGUUUCAAAUACGAGUGCACUUCCAUAUCUAUAUUUAUAACAAAGUCCUCCACUGUGUCUGUCUGUACAGAAUAGACUUGAAAACCAGCAAAUAGAUUAAGUUGUAGAUAAUUUUCAUUAAUAUAUAACGCAAUUCAUGAAGGGUUUGGUUUUUGUCAGUUUUGAGUAAAUUUUUAAUUAUAAAUGAUCCACUUUCAUCAAACGUCUCUGAGAACACUUGCACAUAACUCACCUAUAAAACAAAAGAAGAAAGAACUAAAUUUAUAAAUUGCUUCAUCAGUUUGAGAGCUAUAGUGCCAAAGACAGACACGUCAAAAUCACAACACCCCUCAUUUUGCAUAGGGGGGUUAAAAAAUUAUAAUGAGGCUUAAGAAAACUAUGACUAAAACCUAACCCCAACUGUUUGUAAUAUAAAGAAAGAUAAAUUCCCAAAGUAGACUGUUUAAUCGAUUCAGAUUUGAUAUUUACCAAAGAUUUAACCUGUAUGUUAUUUUACAAAAUUUAGUAUAUUUAGUAUAAGCAGUAUAUGUAAUUAAUGUUUGAUUAGUCAAUAGAUUGUUAGGUUUUUUCUGUAAAGAGUGUUUCAUGAUUAACAUCAAGUUGAUUAUUUCAAAAUGUAUUGUUCAGAAAUAUAAAUAUUUAUUUAUUUUCUUUUCACCCUAUUAAUUAGACAUUGUCUUGCUUUAUGUACUUAAGAUUAAAAUUGUAAAAUCAUUGUAGGUAGCCUUAUUUUGAGUUUGUUUAAAACAUGUUAUAAAAUGCUAUACUUUAUUAUUUUGUACUAAAAUACAAAGUAGUAGUCUACAAAGUAGAAAUGAAACAUCCAAAUAACAUUAUAACUUAUUUAUUUCAUAAUUGAAAUACAAUACAUUAUAUGUAAAUGUAACUAAAUAAACAUUCCAAAAUGAUACAUAACAUGUACAAAUAAUAUCACUGACAAAAUAUCUUGCAUUCCUUGUCACUAUUUUGUUUGCCUUAAUACCAAAGAUGUACCAAAAUGUAUUUUAUUGAUAAGAGAAAUUAAAUAUAUCGUAGUUAAACCAAAAUGUACAGGAGUUUUUCAUUUUUACAAAGUUUCAUUGGCCAAAAACUUUGUAAAAGCCUAACAUUUGUAUGACCUUAAACAAUCCCUAUACAUGCUAAAAGAACUGUUCAUCAUAUUUCGAUCCUAGUCCACGGAUUAGUAUCCAUAGAAUGUAUGGAAAGUAUUCAAAAAGUCUAUGCAAUUAAUGCCUAGUAUUUUAGUAGUACUCAACUAAAAAAAAAGUAGUUUGAACUAGGCAUAAGUUUCACUAUUACAGUACAACACUAAACUAGCAAGGUCCAGGUCUAAAAUAAUUAGGGUUAGUUUGUAUUGUUAGGAUGUAGUAUUGACCAAUUAUAUAUUUACGUGGAUAAAAACUCUGUUUUAUCUGCUUUGGUUUUCACUAAAUGCAAGAUAACAAAAAAAAAAAUACUGUAAAAAUGUAAAAAUCCCAUAGAACUGGGAUAUUGGUGACAAUAAAAAUUUUCAAAAUAAUUUACAAGAACAAAA